GCGAUUGCAUGAUUGCUCAUGAAGACCUUGUACGACGACAGCCAUCAUGCCAACGGUCAAGCUCGUCGUUAUCGGUGCUUCCGGUGUAGGCAAGACUAGUCUGCGCACUCAGUAUAUAUCAGGGCGUUUCUCAACAGGCUAUCGAGCUACCAUAGGUGCUGAUUUUAUUUCCAAGACACUUCCUCAUCCAACCAAGCCAGACCAGUCCGUAACACUACAAAUAUGGGACACCGCCGGUCAGGAGCGUUUCUCCAGUUUAUCUGCGGCAUUUUUUAGAGGCGCAGACGCUGCUCUGCUGAUGUUCGACGUCAACAAACCUGAAACGCUCACAGCCCUCACCAGAUGGUGGUCGCAAUUCCGCGAGAAAGCGCCUUUGUCAGACGAUGAAUUAGAAGACUAUUGUUGCGUCGUCGUUGGAAACAAGAUUGAUGUGGUUGACCCAUACGCUCGCGUCCCUCCAGUUUCAGAAUCAGAAGCUUUACAAUUCAUCAACGAACUAGUCCCUCCUUCAACUCCACCUCCAUCUCCUCCGUGCGAAAUCGCCAUUCCUCACGUACAAGAAUUAUCUAUGUUUCCCAGUAUAACGAUGUCUCAUAAUAAUGGAGACAUAGAUCUCCCCUUACUAACACCUCGCACACGGUCUAUCGACAUAUCCCACCACUACAAACGCCUAUCUAAAUCCCGCUCCCGUAGUAGUAACCAACUUAACAACGGUACUAUGACCAGUACGCAUACUGGCUUCACAACUUUCCACACGCCAUCCUCCUCUCUCUUCGACGCCUACGAGUCAGCUCGCUCUUCUCCAAUCCCUUCCUCCGCCCGUUCCUCGAGACCGACAUCGCCUACCCGUACCCCACGCCGUAUCCCGUCAGUUUCGAGUACAUCGUCCUCUGCCGUCACUAUCACUCCGAGUUUAUUCAAUCGAGGUCAAGCGGUUUCAAUGGCUCAUUUGCCUGUUUCUCGGCCAGAACGGCGGCCACGACUCUUUUUAACGUCAGCCAAGACGGGGGAAGGUGUGGGCAAUGUUUUCGAAUACAUUGCUCGUCGGGUGGUUCUCAGGUGGGAAUACGAAGAAACAAUAGAAGCAAGGACGCUGCUCUUUCGGAGUCCGAAUGAUACAGACGCGGAGACGGUCCGUUUAGGACUCUCGCAAGAUAGCAAACGAAGCGCUGGUAUAAGUUCAUGCUGUGGACGAUAACUUAGAACGAGACUGAGUAUCUUUUAUUUUUAUGUAUUUCUGGAUCUUCGUGGGCGCAGACCUUACAAUCAUCUUUUCAGUUUCUAUUUGUUAUAGUUUCCGUCUUUUCAUGUUUUUGGAUUACAGGGAACGGUGCCAUUGCUGCAUAAAUUAAGUGCGUCGUAGAAAUUCAUUUACCGGACAAUUUAUCAGUUCAUUAUUGGGCUUUUCACCAUUUUGUACUUUCAGAGUCGGCUUUGUGACUAUUUUAGAUACUCAUCUACAGAUACUACAGGCUAUAAACUUAACAAUUUGCU